UUUUUUCAGCAUAGCUAGCAUAGCUGUGUUAAAAUUUUCAUUGAAAUACUAUAUUACGGAAGGAUAGUCGUUGCGCACAGAGUUGAAAAUAGUCAAAAAAUAUCUAAACUUUAUUAAAAAAAAGAAAUUAACAAUAUGCCUAUUCGCAAUAUACCGCCAUUCGUUUUGAGCUUGGAUUCUGCACCAUAUUAUAAUCACGAUUUAUAUCCCAAUCAUAUCUAUCGCCGUUUGCAUGAACGUGAACAUCAUCCAUUGGAUUUCGGUACUUUGGGUUUAAUUGCGCGUUUGGCCCCGCAUGCACAUAAUUUGGUUGCAGCCAAGCAUAGUGCUGAUGGUGGCUCAGUUAAGCACUGUGGAAAAAGUGGUUUUGAAGUGCAUCUUGAUGUUGGCCUAUUCAAGCCAGAGGAUCUUACUGUAAAAAUAGUUGAUGAUUCCUUGGUGAUUGAAGGCAAGCACGAGGAACGUGAGGACGAGCACGGACAUAUUUCUCGUCAUUUUGUGCGCCGAUAUGUGCUUCCCAAAGGUUAUGAUGAGGACAGCAUUGUAUCGACUCUAUCCUCAGACGGCGCGUUGACCGUGCGAGUUCCAUCUCCAACACCACCGGAGUCUGAGAAGAAGGAACGCAUUAUUGCUAUACAGCAAGUUGGACCAUCUGAAAUAUUUUUGAAGAGUAAGAGUCAAGAUGAGGUUGAAUCAGCAGCAAAACAGUAAAAAAAAUUUACAUACAUAUGUAUAUUUAGUGGCUAAAAAUUUUACUUCAUACACAAACAUUAAAAUAUCGAUGUCUUAAAAGAGGAAUUAAGGGAAAUCAAUACAUACAUACUUAUAUAAAAAUUUUAAUACGUAGUAAUUACAAGUAAAAAUUAACUAAAUAUCUUUAUUACUGCCAGUAUAAACGUACGUUAGUUUUUAGUACUUUGAAAUAACUAUUAAAUAGAAGCUACUCAUAUUGUUUUUAUAUAACUACACGAGUAACUAUUUUUGCAUGUUAAAGUGAAACCUUAUCCUUUUGGAAAAUCUCAUCUUCAUCAUAUUGUAUUUCAAUUAUAUUAGCUUUUCUACUUUUUAUCAUACAAUUUGGAUUAUAUAAUACCAACAUUAAUUCAUUGAAAAAUAAAAG